AUGUCGUGGCGACCGGUCAAGAACAUCGUGCAUGCUGUAUGCGUGCAGCGAUUCGAAGCCACUCACCCCAACGAUAUCGCCCUCGAUAUCGGCGACGAUGUCUAUGUUACUGAAGUAGGCGGCACCUCUCAUGAGUGGUGUCGGGGCUGGCUACUGUCGCAACCAUCCAUCAUCACCGGUCUGGACUGCCAGAAUGGCCAACCAAUCAUGCCGCGAGCAUAUGCUGGCAUUUUCCCUCGCAAUUGCAUCGAGGUCCGCGAGGUCUUGACUGAGGACAAUGAAGUCGCCGAAGCCGAGAAGGAAUCGUUGGGUACUGCACAGGCGAAUGGUGGUGCUCAGAAUGGUCACGACCCUCUGGAGGUAUUGGACAAUGCACCGCGAAGAGGGAAAUCCAAGAGAAGGACUCGUUUGUUACCACACAAGCCCAAUGAUACUUCCCUCCUGCCCAUGGAGGUGCAGCCGAGACCAGUGGGUGCCCUCAAGGAAGAAGCUCCACUGCCUGCCCUUCGAAUCGGUGACGCGACCCCCUUCUCCAAUGAAGAACCUCUGGUCGACGAAAUUUCCUCAUGCCUGCGCGAGUGGCAUUCCACCCACGUACAUCAGUUGAUUCUCAACCAUGAGUACGACCUCUUGGAAAAGCUUUCCACUCUGGCUGGCAGACUGGACAAUGCACGCAAACAGCUGAUACACGACCUUUUGACCGAAAAAGAGCUGGCGGCUUUGAGAGAGCGCACAGUCUGGGACCUGGUUGACGGAAACAAGCUGCUUCAAGGAGAAGUCAUUGUGCGAAGUCCUCAGGAGAAAGGUCGUAUUCUCACUGCGCAGGACAGUAUUCCGGAAAUGCUCGAACUACAGGCGCUCAUGACCAUGCGCGACCGGCCGCCUCCUCCACCUGCUCAAGAAUCAUUGGUCUCGCACUUACUGGUUGAUUUGAAACAGACUGGUGACAUGAGUGGCGAAGCUGGUGUUUUGCACAUGUAUCUGUGUCGACAAGCAUCAGAUGCCGUACCGCGUGCUGUGUCGGAGGUCUUUGCGGUCGAAGUGCCUUUCGAUCGUCACUCUCUCGAAAACCUCACUCCUAAUCAGUUGCCAAAAACGCUGUUCACGGACUUGACCAAGGCGGAGAUAGGUAGUGCGACCGACCCAAGCUCUCAUCUAUAUCUAGUCUGUCUGCUCCAUCGAGAAGAAGCUCCCAGAAAACGGGCCAUCGCACCUUCCCAGGCAAUGCCGCAAGCAGACCGACCCGAAUCUCAAAGCCGAUCAGAAAGUACGGGAGCGCGUCGCAGUUUCCUAUGGGGCAGUCAACGCGGCCGCAAAACUCUUGAACGCAGUACUUCGCGAGACCAAGCACGACCGCCAACUCGAGAAACAUCAAGAUCAAAAAUGAGAGGCCGUCCACAGACACCUGUCGUGGUAGAUACACAAGGACGACCCGCGACCGCAGAAAAGAAACUGAGACGCGUCAUUGGCUACGGCGCAGUUGAAAUUGGCGAGCUCAUUCGUCAACAUGGCAACACGAUUGAAAACAUCGCACUCUGGACUCCAGCUGAGGCCUUCGAAGAAGUCAUUGAAGAACCCGUUGUCGGUGCAGAUGGCUGGGAAGAAGUUAUCAAGAAUCUUGUCCGCAGUCCGAUGGGCAGCUUCACUAGAGCGCCCUCAGUUGGCAUGUUUCAGCUCGAGCUGCAUGCAUUUGCUCAUCCAGAUUCCGAUGUGCUCAUCAAAGAACACCCUGCUUUGUUGAGGGAUGUCUAUUGUACUCAAGCACUCAACCUGUCUUCUGGGUCAGCUCAGCAGCGUAGUGAUGUUUACCUCACAUUGAAAGAGCCCAUCCUGCCAUCCGGUGCUCGCUGCUUCCAUCCGCAGGAAGGAAGUGUUGCCAUACCUAAUGAAGCGGACUUAAGAAACUUGCAACUGACGCUGGAAGUGCGGACUGAGGCAGGAAAACGUAUUGAGAACUCUGUCUGGCCAGCAUCCAAUCGCCCGCCACAUACUGCUUAUAGAACGUCAGCUAUUGACCGGAGUGAAAUAUGGAACCAGACAAUUCGCUUAUCGGUCCUCAACGAAGACCUGCCACAUGCUCAUGUUGUUCUCAGUAUUGCGGAGGGCAAUCAAUUUCCUUUCGCAUUGGCCUGGAUACCUCUAUGGGAUCAUCAGGGUGCUGUGUGUACCCAUGGCCAACAGACACUGGCUCUGUGGGACUACAGCGAGUAUACAGCUAGUACUGUCCAUGGCAGGGGCGCUUAUCAGAUGUUACCAUCACGUCUGGAUCAGCUUCAAAUACAGGACAAUACUCCGAUGGCGGCAUUAUCAGUGGAUAUUACGCUCAGCAGCAGUACUACCCCUCAGGAUCCGACCAUCAGCUCACUUCUGCAAUGGGAUGGGACAACGGUACAAGGUCUCAUGCCCCUAUUGGGAGGGUUCAAGCAGGCCCCUGAUGCCGAGAUUGUCAAGUUCUUCAAACCUGUUUUGACAGCGCUUGACAAGAUCUUCGAUGUAUUCUACCGCGUGGUUGAUGAUACUGGAACAGGGGUCAACCUUGGAGAAACCUUCACUGAGCGAGCGUUGUCCUGUCUAGUGCAUAUGCUGCAUCUCACACGCGAUCGCAGAUUCAAUAGUACGAAGGGUCUAUUUGACGAGUACAUUCAAGAACGUCAACACUCGCAAGAUGCUUCCAAGGGCGUGUGUAGGGCCUUGCGUGCCUUCAUCAGCAGACCUUACGAGGUUGACGAUGCGCGGGAGCUUCGCAGCACCUUGAAAGUCUCUGGCCAAGUCAUCAAGUUCGUGACGAACCGCAGCCAAUCUGGAUCGCCACGUAGCAUCUCGUCGUUGAACAAUGCUGUCUCUUCCGUUCUGGUGGCACUAGUGAACCUGAUGCGCAACCCAAGAGAGGACCUCUACGGAACUCAGACCAUAUUGAUGCAACAUUUUUCUUCAUGGCUACCUGAGCUUGCUCAUAUCAUGACUUCUGAUGAUAUCCUGGAUGUCGUUGAUAACAUGAUGAAUGCAUCAGUCAGCAGANAGGGCGGUCUGCGCAUACACAGACUGAUCAUGGUUAAAGAGUUAUCUGGUCAAAAGACUUUCUCUACUUCUGAGACGCUGCCUAAGCUCCAUACUUUGACCAUAGGAUGGCUUGAGGACUACUGGUCAGAUGCGUCCAACUUGACCGAGCAAAAAAUAGAAGGCAUCAGAAUGUGUUGUUCGAUCCUACGCACUCAGCAAGCGCAGAUCACCAACUCUACACAGUCCCUGCAUUACAUCUGGAGACUCGUAGAGGCAUAUCACGUCAUCAACGAAUAUCUGAAAAGUGGAACAGAUGGGAGAGUAUCCUCCUUGUCCAUCAAUAGGUCGAAGAAGUCCCUUUCGUAUCUUUUCCCGAAUCAUUAUCCUUUCCUUAGCAUGGCCGUGGAUACGCCAGAUGUACCUUCCGAGGUUUUGAUGGAGAUUGCUGCUGUGCUAGACUCUUUCUUCCAGAAAGGGUCACCACAAGGUCAGCUUUUUAUGAGUGGAACUCCAUCCGAUUCAAAGAUGAUGCAGCAAGAUUUCCUGAUGAAGGCUUUCAAGGUGCUCAAAUCUAUUCACAACGGAGAAGCUUUCCCUACGCAGUGGCUCAGUCUGCAUGUUACGCAUGCGAAUGUUGCAGUCCACGCUCUUCAGUGGUUGCUCGAGAUUCUCUCUACAAAUUUUGUGCCUUCUGAAGACGACAGCGGCGUCAAUGAUGUUAUGGAGUUUAAUCCCGAUCUGUGGGAACUUUGGUUCCAGAUUUUGAUCGACCUUGCUCUCGGUAGAAUGGUCUCUAUGGAAACCUUUACCGAACAAACAAGACGAGCCAUCUGGACGGUUGGCGGUGAUAUUCGGGCAGACGCUGCCGAUCUACUUCAGAAAGGUUGGGCCUGCUUAGGUUGGCAGGCCCCGCCAGAAUACCUUCAAGUGCUCUAUCCAAUGGACCGAGUUGGUGGAUACCAAGUGGGGCUGUCCACUGAGGUGAUUCCAUCUGUCGUCAGACUUUGUAUGGGGCUCCACGAUCAAUUGCAGUCUGUUGGUCUUGACAUACUGCGGUCUAUUGUUGUCAGCGAAUGGCAACUGAAUGAGAAUUUGGCCGUGGUCCAAGCAGCCAUCAUCAAUGCAUUUGACACCAUGCACCGUGAAGACACCACGAUACAAAGUCCUUUCGCAUCUGCUUUCCUAGAACGACUUGGUAAACACUUUGUCGUCAUCAGAAAUACUGAGCUGAACGUGCUUUAUGAAGCCGUGAUGGAAGUCAUUGCAGAAGUGGGUCGCUUGUUCAAUGUAUUGGCUGAUUUGGGCGAUGUGAGAGACCCAGCCUCGCGCAUGGUGCAGCUACUUCGUCUCAUGGAAUUCUUGCGCUUGAGUGGUCAGGACGAGGCAUACGUAUGCCGUAUACAUGAGCUUGCCGAGCUCCACGUCCAGGCCAAGAAUUACUCCAGCGCGGCAUGCACGUUGAAUCUUCACGUCGAGGUACUGAAUGAGAGUCAGCCUUCUAAGGUUCUCGCUCCAGCGAAGAUACCUGGACUCGAAACCCCUGCGGAGUUGGUGCAAUCACGCAAAGACCGCCUAUAUCGGACUAUGGCUACGUACUUCGAGAAAGGCUACUGUUGGGAAAACGUCCUCAAGACUCUCAAACAGCUUGCUGGAGGACGUGAGGCUACUUGGGACGCUGCUGGUAUCGCGCAAGUUCGCUUCGACGAGGCACGCAUUUACAACACCUUGGCUGCCGGACCAGUGCCGCUUCCUCGUUUCUUCCAUGUUGCUUUCAGCGACCACGAACUCUUCCCAGAGUCUGUACGCAGUCAGCACUUCAUCUUUGAAGGCCCUGCAAAUUGCGACAGGAAAAGUUUCUCGGCAUUGCUUCAAGUGCAAUACCCGUACGUCUUAAACCUAGGACCAGAUUACACGCAUCCUACAGCAUCUUCGCAAGACCCUGCCGUCAAGAUCAGUCCUGUCACUGUGUACAAGAAUCAAAUGCAUCCCAUCAACCAGCAAGGCAGCGUUGCACCAGGUUUCAGAGAACACUGUUUGACCACGCAACCCAUAGCAUUUGCAAUGACCAGCCGUCACGACAACCCGUCUGUCAGUGUGGUUGACCAAGUCGUUGAGAAGACGGUGUUCUACACCCAAACUGCGUUCCCAACAGUACUGUCUUACAGCUCCAUCACCCGAGACGAGCGGGUAGUCUUGACACCGGUACAAGCAGCCAUCGAUCGCACCCAGCGGAAAACGCUGAACAUAGCAGUUGCAACUCAUUCCACUGCCAGCAAAGGAGAAUCCCAUGUAGAAAUACUGAUUGACACUAUUCAAUCAAGUGUGGACACAAGCACCAGUGGUAGUGUAGCCGAGUAUCACAAGUUGCUCGAAUCGUUUCAGUCCCGUCCUGGAACAGGCAGUACCGCUAACAAUACCAUGGCAGAGGUCCAAAGUGUUUACCACGAUGCGUUUGGAGAGCCAAAAACUAAAGAAUCACAGCUCCGAGACAUCCUCAUCAUCUCUCUCGAGGACCAUGCGCGCAGCAUCGAACUCGCUAUAUCUUCGCCCUACAUCCCUACACACAUCAAGGAGAUGCUACGAGCGAGUUUCGAAGACAGCUUCUUGAUGGAAUUGUAUGCGAUAUACCCUUCGAGAGAUUGGAGAUUGAGAUCUACAGCGUGGCAGAACACAGAAGUGCCGCAGCCUGCGUCGAUGCGGGAAAGAGCACCAAGCGAUGUCUUGACUAUCGACACUCAACAAACCGAGCAGGCGGCACACAAACCCAGAGGUCGACGUGCCUCUAUCAAGAAGAGGUUGAGCUUCUUGAGCUUGGGUAGUAAGGAUAAGAGCGGUGAUGGUGGGACGAGGAGUCAUAGUAGGGCGAGCAGUCGGACGAGGUUUUAA